UUUUUUUUCCUUCUCAUGAAGAAUAAUAAUUCAACCCCUCAAUCAUCUUUCAAGAAAUUCUGCCGGAAACUAUCACCAAAGAGGAAAGAUUCAGGCGGAAAGAUACAACAACACAACAGCAACAAUGGUGAGGACAAGAACAGUGACUUAGAGGCUGUUUUCGAUUACAUGGAUGCAAACAAAGACGGUAGAAUCUCUGCAGAAGAGCUUCAAAAGAGUUUCAUGACAUUGGGAGAGCAAUUGUCUGACGAAGAAGCCGAAGCUGCGGUUAGAUUGUCUGAUACAGACGGAGAUGGGAUGUUGGAUUUUGAGGAAUUUACUCAGCUAAUCAAAGCAGACGAUGAGGAAGAGAAGAAGAUAGAGCUCAAAGAAGCGUUUAAACUGUAUAUUUCAGAAGGUGAAGAGUGUAUUACUCCAAGAAGCUUGAAGAUGAUGCUAAAGAAGCUGGGAGAAUCAAGAACCACUGAUGACUGCAAAGUUAUGAUUAGUGCGUUUGAUCUCAAUGCUGAUGGAGUUUUAAGCUUUGAUGAGUUUGCUCUUAUGAUGCGCUAAGCCUCCAUUGUUGUUGUUGCAGUUCUUCUCUUGUUCUUAAUCUCUUGUUGUAUAUAACUUAAAUAGUUUGUGAAAUGUAAUGCAAUAAACACGAUUGUUAUUUGAUUAAUGAUCCAUAUAUAUGUGAAACUUUGUUAUAUUA